GCCCCCGCCCCUUGGGAGCGUGGCGGAGGUGGGAGGCCGGCGGCCCGCCCCGGUCCGCUUGGCUCCGCCCUGCGGGGCCGCCGCCUCCGGCGGGCGCCGGGGCUUGGCGGCUGUGCGCGGUCUGGAGCACCUGGGGCGGGAUGUUGGCGCACGUACGGGCAGGGGUGUUAUCGCCGGCCGCGCUUGGUGCGGGGUGCGCUCAGAGUGGGUCGCGAAGGAUCGUACGGAGGCUUUUCGGUUCGUUGGAGGCACGAGUUCUCCCCGCCUUGGGAUUCAAAACCAAAUUAAUUUAACCCAAGAAAUAGCUGGAGUGCAGUGGAAGGCAUUGAACAGUCAGUGGCUUGUCUGGGCGCCGUAUAAGGGUGUUCUUGGUGUCCAGCGUCGCGCAGAGCGAGGAGGAACGCGGGACGGAGCCGUGUGUCACCACGGGAGAAGCGGGCAGGAGAGAAGAGAGCGCUAGGAGAUGUGGCACGGGGGAAGAGGUGUCCUUCCUCCCUCGGGGUUGUGAGAAGAGCUAACGCCAGGGCAGAGAGCGCAGUGGGGACAGGGCUUGUGGUCCAUCAACUUUUCCUGACUGGGUUUGAUGUAUAGGAAGUCUAUGUGCCUGCGAGCGUGUACGCUGUGGUGCGAGACGACCUGUCGGGGUUAGGACGAGCUGCGGUGUGGACUGUGAUUUCCUCAUGCACAUUUAUUGCAGUAAGCCAUGCUGAGGAAACGCUGUAGUAUCGUGAAGCAAGAAAUACGGGACAGCUGAUCGCGAGGAGGAGCCUGCUUUAUUUUCUGUUUUCCUUUACCGGUUACCAUAAUUUACAAGGCGGAAACGUGAGAAGCCAACCCUGCUUUCUGGCACACAGAAAUACGGUGAAGAUGCCUCCAGGUGUCAGAGACAGAGCUUUGUCCUCAGAAGUGCCUUUUUGCUUGUGGGCUCCAGUCAGUCGCUGAAGGCAAGGGCUCAGUAACCUGUGGUUAUUAGGUGUCAGCAAGGAAGGCAGGAACUUCGCCAUGGGGUACAACAAAAGCUGGAUCUCGAGGAAUGAAAGCGAGCAUCCUCCGUACCAGGCUGUCACCAGAGCCCUGGAGAUGAGGAACGCCUCGGCUGGGGAGAUGGUGUGGCAGGGUGGGAACGGCAGCCAGGCUGGGGCCGCGGAGGGCCAGGAGCACAGUGAGGAGCAGACCUACAGGCAUUUCACUACCACGGUGCAAAUCGUCAUCUUUGUAGGCUCUUUGCUGGGUAACCUCAUGGUGCUGUGGUCAACUUGCAGAACAUCGGUACUUAAAUCUGUAACAAACCGAUUCAUUAAGAAUUUGGCCUGCUCGGGGAUCUGUGCCAGCCUAGUCUGUGUGCCUUUUGACAUUGCUCUUAGUGCCAGUCCACACUGCUGCUGGUGGAUCUAUACGAUGCUCUUCUGCAGAAUUGCCAAGUUUCUGCACAAAGUCUUCUGCUCAGUGACCAUCCUUAGUUUUCCAGCCAUUGCUCUUGACAGGUACUACUCUGUUUUAUACCCUCUGGAAAGAAAAAUAUCUGAUGCAAAAUCCCGAGACCUGGUUAUCUAUAUCUGGGCCCAUGCAAUAGUGGCCAGCAUUCCAGUAUUUGCUGUAACCAACGUGUCUGAUAUUUAUGCCAUGUCCACCUGUUCUGAAUCUUGGAGUUACUCCCUUGGCCACCUGAUAUAUGUCAUCAUCUAUAAUAUCACCACAGUGAUUGUACCAGUGGCUGUGGUAUUUCUUUUUAUGAUUCUUAUUCGCAGGGCACUGAGUGCCAGCCAGAAGAAAAAAGUCAUCAUAGCUGCAUUGAGGACCCCUCAGAAUACAAUUUCUAUCCCUUAUGCCUCCCAGCGAGAAGCUGAGCUUCAUGCCAUGCUGCUUUCCAUGGUUAUGAUAUUUAUUUUCUGCAGUGUCCCCUAUGUAACUUUAGUGAUUUACCGCACCAUACUCAAUAUUUCAGAUAUUUCAGUCUUCUUGUUCCUCACUGCCAUCUGGUUGCCCAAGGUCUCUUUGCUGGCCAAUCCUUUGUUAUUUUUAACUGUGAACAAAUCAGUGCGAAAGUGCUUAGUGGGGACACUAGUACAGCUGCACCAAAGGUAUAGCAGGAGAAAUAUUGUCAGCUCGGGUGGUUUUGCAGAUGCUAAUCUGGAGCCUAGUGUCCGUUCAGGAAGCCAGCUUCUGGAGAUGUUUCACAUUGGGCAACAACAAAUCUUCAAGCCAACAGAGGAUGAGGAGAAUGAGACCAAAUCCAUUGGUUCUGGUGACUUGGAACAGAAAGAAAUUCCUACCACCAGUUUAGAGGUAGGAGAGACUUUGGUUCACAAAUUUAUACCACAGACAAUUGCAGACUCUACAGCUCAGGUGGCGCCAGCUGUGGCCACAGAAGCUGAUAUGGUAAAUGACAAGUAUUCCAUGCAGUUUGGUUUUGGACCCUUUGAGCUGCCUCCCCAGUGGCUCUCAGAAAACCGAAACAGUAAGAAGCGACUCCUGCCUCCUUUGGGGAAUACCCCUGAAGAGCUAAUCCAGACAAAACAGCCUAAGUGUAAAGCAGAAAGAAAAAUCAGCAGAAACAAUAAAGUCAGUAUCUUUCCCAAGGUGGAUUCUUAGUAAGAGCAGGAGCUUUAACUGACAGAGGAAGGUCACCUUCUGUUGUAUGUGUGAUCCCAUGGAUCUUUGUUAUGCUGAAAUUUGUUACAGGCUGAUUUUUUUGGUGCCAAAUAUAAUUUAAACAAACAAAAGGGAAACAUACAUACAAGUGUUCCUUACUAAUAUGUUUUCCUGAAAUUAAUGUAUCAAAAGAUGGUGGUUCUUAGUUUUAUCUGUGAAAACCCUGCCUGAUUAACUUUCAAAAAGUACAUAUGGCUUUGGGAACACUUUGUAUGGCUGAAAAAUGGAAAUAAUGGCAGUUUGCUGGGAAACUUUAAUACAACUUAUGUUGUAUUAAAAUGGACUGUGUCAAAGUAACUUCAUAGGAAAUGCUGCAGGGAGCAGAAGACAGAUGCAAAAUGGGUAAGUCCUAACCUCCUGUAAAUAGACAAAGCAAGGUUCUGCACAUCUCAUUAAUGAAGUAAGAUGGACUAUUAAGUACAUCUGUUUUCUAUUAAGCCCAUUUCUUAAAUCAGUGUUAAAAAUAAAACUUGCAGGACUUUUUGCACAAAUUAGUUACCAAGUAUCUGCACUCAUCUUUUUGGCCUAAAAAAAAACCUUCCACACAGCCAAAAAUACCCAAAUAAUCACGUGUGUCAAACCUGACAAAGAUUAUUAUUAUUAUUAUUUUUUUUUUUUUUUUUUUUUUUUAGAAAAGCAUAUAGUCUUGUAGUUUUAAAUAAAAAAUGGAUUGGAGACCAUGCCGGACAAAAUUCUGACUCCAGUAAACAAAUAUGCAUGUGCCAAGGGCAUAAAUAAAACACUUUGAUCCUGUGAUAAAGGGCAUAUACAAAUGUCCCAACAGUGUAAUGUAUGUAUUGUGUAAGUAACCAAAGUGUCAACCUUCAUAUAGACUCAUCUGUUUUCUUAUAAGAAGGCUAGAAAUGAAAGAAAUGGGUCAGAAGUGCUAGUAGCCUUGUACUGAACUGCUGAGUGAGGAAGCUGAUAUCAGACCCCAAAAGGCAAAGUUUAUUAACGUUGUUGCUCACCACUGUCAGAGGCAAGGAGGUUUUCCUUCUAUCUCCACAGGUAUAGAUACCAACCCCACUUGUCUCACAGUGUAGAUCACCCAUUGUAUUAAAAAGAGACUUUCGAAUCUGGUGCCCAAUUCCUGAGUCAGUCAGAGUCACACCAUCAGCACACCAGCCUUUCUAGGAGAGGUCAGGCAUUGUACAGUAGCUUGUCCCCCAUCAUCACAGGCAUAUUGUCUUGUUUAUGCUGAAUGUGAAUUUUAAACUAUAUCAAUCUGCUGAUAGAUGACCUGAAAUUGUUGUAUCCCUGGCAUUUUAACCCUUGUUCAGUUGCAAGUAGUCUUUCCUUCUUCCCUAUCUGUGUUCACUGUUGUCUCUCUGGGUAGUUUCUCAAAAGCACAAUCUAGUGAUGUCCAUGUAUUCCUUGUGGUUCUCCUGUACUUUAGCCCUUUGGUGCAUGCUGAUCCUUUAUCUGUAGUUACUGUCUAUUUAUGAAAGUAGUUUUCUUUAAAGCAUACUUUUAAAAGGACAAAGUGAAGAAUCUCGCCAAGUUCACAGAAACUUACUAAAUCCAACCUGUUAUUGUUAAAAGUGAGAAAAAAUUCUGCCGAAGCAGGAUUUGGAGAAGUAUCUGUUCUUCCUUUGGUUUGAAGAAAGUCAGCAGCUUCUGAUGUCUCCAAGGUGGUGGAUUUCUACAAGGCAUUAAAAGCAAAUGUUUUAAUAAAAUUGUAUUUAAAGAAAAAAAUUUCUAAAUUACUGUGUAAAUGAUGUUUUUCCUCCAUUUCCUCUUUGUUUUCAGUGCACUUCACUUGUUGCUAGUUCAAGAACUUCUCAGCUUGGGAGUGAGGAGCAGUCUUCAAUGGGCCCAAAUGGGUGGUGGGAAUCCCAGCUGCCCUGCUGCUUAGAUACAGAGAUGAGAAGGCAGAUGUAGCUUGCCUGAAAUCAGGCAGAAGAAAUAUUCCACGAAAAGGUGUUCCUUCUGUGGCAGAAGUAGAGAAGGACCAUAGCAGACAUAUUUUAAGUGUUAAAAAGUUAUUUAAGGGAGUGUUUGUUCUUCCAAAGUUAGUGAAAGAAGAGAUGCCAUUCAAAAAAUCCCGAAAACCUCAAAAGCAGAGUAGGAUUUAUCAGAUCUGAACUCCUUCGGGGAAAGCAAACUUACUUUUCUCCUUUUCAGCUCUCAUGUUGAAUGAGAAAUGCCAAUGAUAAAUUCAAAGAGUGAAACAGCAUAGAAAUUAGUUUUAUGAUAUCUGGAAAGCAAGGAGUUUGUGGUGGUUUUUGACUGCUGAGACAGAAAUACCUUUUUCUUUCUUUCAAAGAAGGCGUGUAAAAAAAUCACUUUUUUUUUUUUUUUUGGUUUUGUGUUGUUUGUUUAGCAGAUUGUAUCUGAAGACAUCAAAACCUUUCACCAAGAAAUUAACUAAGGUGGUUUUCCAUACCUGAAGAACUAUUUGGGAACGUUUUUAGUCCCUCUUUCAAGAGUUUAUCCAUAUGAAUGUUUAAGGGAAGUAGGAAAAAAAACCACAGAAGCAUAUCUUUGCAUAAAAAAAAUAAGCUGUGUAAAAUUCAUAAUAGAUCCUCUGUGCUAGAAUUCUCAUAGAAGACAGUAAUUCAGGAGACUGUUUCUGCAAGAUGGAAUAUUUGACUUGGAGAGUUUGAUUUUUAACUUCGUCCAGGACAGUGGCAAAUUGAAGCAUUAUUACUGUCUGUUGGCUUUUUGUUCAAAUGAUUUCUACUGGCAAAAUGUUCUCCAGCAUCCAAUAUGAAAACAGUCAAUCAAAGAAACUUGUUUUCUUCUUCGUCGUCACAUUAAAGAUAAGCAAAAAUGA